CUCCCAUGAUUCCCCUCCGACCGCCGUAGGCUACCUCUUCCCUUUGCCCCGUGCGAGCAGGCUAUAGCCUAUAAUGUUAGAUGGAUGGAGUGCAGGGGCUCUGGCGCUCAGUCUCUUCUGCGGUACCGAACGGUGACAGCGCGUCGUCAUCUCCUCCGCGGGACCAGUGAGUGCGGCCCCGGAUAGUCGCGAUUAUGAGGAGCGCAAACCGAAUGGGUUACACCCUAAGCGUUUUUAAACGCGAUCACCACAGCGUCGGGAUUAUCGGGGCGCCUUUCUCCAAAGGACAGCCGAGAGGUGGAGUGGAGAAGGGACCCAACGUGAUCCGAUCAGCUGGGUUGGCGGAUAAGCUGAAAGCCCAAGGGUGUAGCGUGAAGGACUACGGGAACCUGUGUUUUGAAGAGGUGCCCGGCGAUGAGCCGGUGGGCCGGGUGAAGAGGCCCUGGGCGGUGGGCAGCGCCAACCAGAGGCUGGCCCAGGCCGUCUACACCGCCAAGACCGAGGGACACACCCCGCUCAUGCUCGGGGGAGACCACAGCUUGGCGAUUGGCUCCAUCCAUGGGCACGCGGCGGCAAUCCCGGGGGACCUGAGUGUCGUGUGGGUGGACGCACACGCCGACAUCAACACGCCUCUCACCACACCCACUGGCAACGUGCACGGACAGUCCAUGUCCUACCUCAUUCGGGAGCUUCAAUCAAAGAUCCCCGUCAUUCCACAAUUCUCCUGGAUCAAGCCCUGCGUGUCAGCCAAAGACAUCGUUUACAUCGGACUGAGAGAUGUGGACCCAGAGGAACAUUACAUCCUGAAGUACCUGGGCAUCAAGGUGUUCUCCAUGACAGAGGUGGAUGGCCUGGGCAUCGCCAGGGUGAUGGAGGAAACCUGUGACUACCUCUUCUCCCAUGUCAAGAAACCCAUCCACCUGAGCUAUGACAUCGAUGCCAUCGACCCCUCGUUGACCCCAGCAACAGGCACGCCUGCGGUGGGCGGGCUGACCUACAGGGAAGGGGUCUACAUCACAGAGCACAUCUGCCAAACAGGCCUGCUGUCUGCCGUGGACCUGGUGGAGGUGAACCCCCAGCAGGGCACCACCGAGGCCCAGGUCCAGUCCACGGUGGACAUCGCCGUGGACGUCCUGCUGGGCUGCUUCGGACGCCGCCGGGCCGGGAACCACCCGGCGGACUACUGCCUACCGGAGCCCUGAGCUCCACCCAGCGGGAUGGAGCCACCACCCCUGGACCCAGACCUCCACAACAACAGCAGCACAGCUAUCGGCCUGAGAUCAGGAGUAUACUGUUGUGGUUUUAUAGAUACAAACCCUUUAUUAGUACUUAUUAUGAUUCAUUUCAAUAUUAAUCGUUUUUUCAAUUAUGUCUGUACCUAGAUCUUUUUUGUUUAAUUUAAAUAUCUGUUACAAGCAAAGAUUUUACCAAAAUUUGACGUAUUUAUACAUAUACAUAUAUAAUCUUUUACAGAAUGUAAAGUUAAAUUAAAGGGAUACCUAAUU